AGAGUGGGUUGAAUCGUGUAAUUCUUUGCAUUUUCUAAAUAAUUAAAUAUAAUGACUUCUGGAAUUUUAACACUCUUUGAAAGUAUUGACAAUGACAAUAGAAAAUUCCGAGGUACCGCGAACGCAGCUAUAUGACGUAAAAUGUAGUCGACACGCUGAGAAUGAACGUGCGCGUAACAUAGUACAUUUUCAAUACCUAUUUAAUCCUUUUAUUUUAUUUUCACUCAUUUAUUUACAGUCCAAACAGGCGAGCACAUCUUACGUUUGGCACAUUUUUUUAUCAUCAUAAUGGCUUUCACCAAUCUUUUUUCGAAGCUGUCAGCAGUUAAUGUGAAGCGUCCUGAUCAACCGGCGUCUACUUUCAGAAACAACACUGGUCAUUUUGAAAACGGCGAGAGAAGGAAGAGGAAAAGCGACCAACAUGGUCCAUAUAUGAAGAGGCAGUAUCAUCAGGCAACCAGUGUUUACUUUGGUAAUUCCAAGGCUGUAAAAGACCAAGUGCACAAUGACUAUGAACAUGCAAGUGGUGACUUCACCAAGGGGAUGGCGUCCAAGCGUGCCAACGGCCGUUGCAAUGAACAAUUUUUUAAAACCACACAGAAUGUGAACAAACAACAAAAACGUCAUCGCAACCGUCAAUGGCGACCUCCACGACAAGGAGAUGGCAAUCAGAACGGAAACUUAAGGAUGAAUAAAGGAGGUAGUAAAAACAGAAAAAAUAUGCAGGUUGCCAGAGUUAAAACCUUUUCCCAGGAGUUUCUGGACCAUCAUGCUGUGCUUUUCGAUGGACGCCACCUUUGCCGAUUUUUUCUUUUAGGAAAAUGCACUAUGAGUGACAGCUGCCAACUGGAGCACAUUGAAUCUUUCAACGAUAUUUUCAAAGAGUGCUGCAAGUUUUACAUACAAGGACUCUGCACUAAAGGGGAGAGCUGUCCGUAUAUGCACAAAUCUUUCCCCUGCAAACACUAUCAUAGAGGACGGUGUCGAAGACAAAAUUGUGCGUUUUCCCAUGAGCCACUUAAUGACGUCACCACUAAACUAUUGGAUGAGGCAAUAAAAAAGGAUAUCGAGUAUGCAAUUAAAUUGGAAAAUGAGCUUGCACAAAAAACUGAGCAGACGUCUUCAGUUCAGCAAGUGACUGCAGACAAGCCAGAAAUCACACCAGUUAAUGAUCCACCUGAUAAAAAGACUACACAAGCAGACGUGGCUUGUGAUCCAUUAGCAAAGCCUUUAAGAUUCAACUUCUACAACAGUGCAGAAUCAAACGCUAUUGAGAGCAAGUUGAUUCCCACUGAGGAUGCCUUGGUUGUUGAGGAAGAAAUGCCGCCAGAGGGACCAGCUGAUCUGUCUCCAACAGCUCCGUUAACCCACCUCCACCCUGCGGCCCCCGUUUGCUAUUCCGUGGAAGCGUUGCUUGGACGUCAGUUGUCCAGUCCUUUGUCUGGUGCCUUCCAAACGCCUACAGCUCAAGAUGACUCUACUCCUGUUCCAGCCACUACCUCUGAUUGCAGCAGCUGGGGAAAUCCUAGCAAAGUUCCCAUCUCUGUGGAUGCAGUCCUCAAGUCGCCAAUAUCCUGUAAUUCUGCAUUGCGUCACACUCUUCCAACAGUUACUGGUACACUACAGAGUGUAUUCUACACUCCAACGGCGCUCCCUGAACAGAGCUUAGCAAGCCAGAAUGAUAAGGUCUCAGGUGUGCUAUCUGCCGAAAAUAAAGCUUUCAAGAAGACACUCCAAGAGGUUCGGCAUGACAGUAAGGAACCUGCGUCUUCUCACGCAGAAUACAAGACAGCAUGUCGUGAGACCGCAAACGUGGCAUCCUCUGUGGGCUCCGGUCAGGGUCUCAAGCCCGGCAAGGGUACUUUUCAUAGCCUUUUUUCAAGCACCCCAAGUGUGGCGUCAUCACCGAAACCCUCUACAGUCUUCACAUCACAUCGAUCACAUAAGAAAAGUGAUUCCCAACACACAGUCCAUCCCUUUAGUCACCCUUGUGAGCGAUCGAAGCAGCUAAAAGAUGAUUUUGCCGCUGUUGAACCAUCCAUCCCCUCCACUGAAAUCAUUGAUCCUGUGAAACGUAACAGCCUUUUAAAAAACACCCAGUCUGAGACAUUACCACAUUGUAAUUCAGCUGGACCCACCGAUCCUCUUGACUCUCCACCCGGAUAUCCUAAACCCAUGAAAAAGACUUUCAAAAGCCUUUUUGCCGGCAACAUCACAGGCACUUCAACAACACCCGCCAGCCCUCAUGGCUUGAUUCCCUCUAACGGUGCAGUGGAAUGCCAAAAUAUUCUGGUUAAAAGCACAGUUGGACCAGACCAAGCUCGUGCUGGGUUUCUGCGCAGCUUGUUUGCGACCUCACUCCCAGGUGUGCCGUCUCAACCUCAUCAUUCAGUAACUUCCUGUCCUACCUUGGAGUCAGGGCAGCCAGCUAAAAAAACCCUUCCUUUGUCAGACGGCGUUUCAAGUUGUGUCCCACAAGCAGAAGUCUCCCCAAAGAACACUACUGCCAAUAAAGACAAACGCUUAGUUGAUGUUGUCAUUAAAGCGCCCAUUAAACACGAAAGUAAAGAAAAGCCUUACUCUGGAACCUGUCAGCGAUUAGUCAUCAUGCCAGCUGAUGUUGAUUCCGCCCCAGCAGCCACCUCCAAGACAGCCCUGAAAACUCUCUUCCUGUCUCUCAGCCCGUUUAGGCAGGAUGGAAAGUAACCCAACACAAUUCAACCACUUCUGACGGGUAGUGGAUAUGAAAACGGUGUGCCCCAUUUCAGUUUUGCUAAUGUGCCUCGUUGUGGGUCAUUUAAUUAUGAUGAAAUGUUUUUUUGUCAGUUAAAAUCAAAUAAAUACUUUUGCCGGUCAUGAGAGGGCUCUUGCACAA